AUGCUGGUCUUCAUCUUCGCACUGCUUUUCCAGCUCGCAGCUGCAUCCCUCACAAUCAGCAUUCCCCCCUCAACAAACCUGCCAAACCCUCACGUCCUCCCCGCAACUACUCAUGCCACCCUCACCACCCUCCCCCAAGAGGACCGACAUGACCAUAUCCUAACGACACCCCUCACCCGCUCUUCAACCCUAGUCUUCCGAAACAUUCCCUCCGGCGCACCCGAGUCAUAUAUCUUGGAAAUUCGCUCCGCCGGAUUCGUCUUCGCCCCCUACCGCGUCGACGUUGCGGCCGACGGGUCUAUCUUGGGUAUCUGGGAGACUUUCCGCGGUAACCCCUGGGAUAAUCGUGGCGCGGAGAAAUAUGUCGUCGACGUCGCCAAUAAGAGAACCACCAAUGUGGUCGUUGAGGCGAAGAUUCUGGGUCGGAAGGGUUUCUAUGAGGAGCGUGCUAAAUUCUCACCCCUCAGCCUCGUCAAGAACCCAAUGAUUCUCCUCGCCAUCGUCGCCCUCGUCUUCACCCUCGGCAUGCCGAAACUCAUGGAGAACAUGGACCCCGAAAUGCGCGCCGAAUUCGAGCAACAGCAACGCUCUUCGCCCAUCUCAGGUGCUAGUAGCGCCAUGGCUGGCGGCGGCUUUGAUCUGGCCGGUUGGAUGGCUGGUACCACGCCUAAGCCCAGUCCCGCUGCCAAUGCGGAGGGUAGCGGUGGUGCUACGGGUCGGGAAUCUGGUGGUUCUGCGCGGCGACGUGCUUAG